CGCAACAGAAACGUGCCGGGAAUUGACAAUUGGCGGCAGCAGGCAACACGACGUGGCAGAGCUGCAGACUGUUUUGCAGAGAGCCAUGUCCCAAAGCACACCGCAGCAGUUCGCAUCGCUGCCAAACGCAGUGCCAAACGCGGUGCUAAACACGGUUGCAGUGUCCGAACCAAGAGCACCAGCAGCAGCAUACCCGCCACAAUUGUCCGCCGGGAACUCGUCUCGCACCACUCUCCCCGAUACUCGUAAUUCCCCUGCUCCGCCUCCUGAUACUGCUGCUUCAACCCAGCCCUCUCCAGACAAUUCAGCCAGCGGCACAAGCACUGCAAAACGCCCUGCACUCGAUACCUCUAGUCUUCAGGAGGCAGGAAGGAAUUACAAGGUUCAAAGGACUUCUGUGCAGACCCGGAGUGCGACAACCCGCCUCAAGGAGAAGGACGAUGUGAACCAUGAAGCGGAUUCGCCUACCCGCUCCUGUGACAUCUGUUGGACGCAUUCGCUCCCCUGUCCUGGCAAAUUUCCCUGUGAUGCUUGCUUCAAGCAGAGGCUUGAGUGCACCUUUAAGCGGAAUGAGGCUCGGAGAUCCUCAAUUGUGGGAGGCUCCCAGACAUUGGCUGAUCCCGCCACCGACCACACUGCUCAGGCUAUCGAACCUCUUCAGUUUCCCACCAAGUAUGCUGAUGUGGAAACACCGCCUCUCGUGUUUCUCCACAAAGCCUGGCAUAGGAUCGCAACUGCACAGGGCCUGGGACGGCCCGGCCAACCCCCACGGGGCCGGCGAGCCGCUAAGCAGCUUGUACUCGUCUCGGGGGAUUUGCCCCUGAACUCAUCACAAACCCCGGUAGUUCCUCUUUACCCGGAACCAUGGUUUCUGCUGCAGGAGAAAUUCGCCACGGGCUGGACCGAGACUUUCCACUUCAUCCAUCGACUCACCGCCAGGUCAUGGCUAGAGACUGUACACCGAAACUGGUCUGCUCGGCUCCCGCUAGAGCACGGAAUCGGCCAUGCUAAAGCCACCGUGGCGCUGAUGACCGCGGCUCUUGGAUCUCUCUUUGACCAUGCGCCCGGGCAACCCCAGAAGGGCGAUUUGCCUCUCAGUUGGCUAUGGACCGUUAACAACGCCGACCAGCUUUUCGCCAUGGCUCUCCAUCUGACCGACUUGGAACCUGGCCCGCCCAGGUUAGAGUCUGUACAAGCCCGUCUCCUCCAAGCCCUCUAUCUCCUAUGCACAUGUCGGCUGAGCCAGGCCUGGUACGUCUUUGGCAACGCUAUCCACAUGCUCACCGUGCUUGGGUUCCACCGGCGGCGAGGCAGAAACCGAGGGCUCGGCCCUGAAAUCGUCACCCGGCCCGAGUAUGCAAAGGUCCAGUGCGAAAGACGGACCAUGUGGUCGGCCUACAUUCUCGACAAGCAGAUCGCCAUGAUAUCGGGGAGGCCCGCUUACCUAAAUCUUGAUGUCAUUGACCAGGAUUACCCAGACUGCGUUAACGAUGAGGACAUGGGCCGCGCUGGCCCCUUCAGACCACACAAGGGUGACUGCUACGUGGAAGCACUGGUCGAGCAAGCGAAGUUGGGCACGAUCGUCGAGAAGGUGCUGCGGGAGGUCUACACGCUCGACGACACAUCCGAGCACGAGAGGCUCGAACACGCCUGGCGACUCGGCAAGGCUCUUGAGGAUUGGAAAGCCCAGCUCCCCUAUCUCAUGUCCAGCAUGGACCCCUCCCGACUCCAUAUUACGUGGCGCCGUCAGCGCGACACGCUGCAAUUGGCCCACUGGCAUGCGCAAAUCCUGGUCUACCGGCCGUUCAUGACUGCUCCAUACCCUGCAGCGGACCUUCAACAGAAACAAAGAGUCGACUCUGCUGUCCGGACAUGCAUCGAAGCUGCACGUGCCGCUCUGGACGUGACCAUCAACCUCGCGCGGAAGCAAGCAGAUGGAGAGGAGAGUCAUUUCCACACACUGAUGUUUGCUCACUACGUCAUGUACUGCGCCAUCGCCGUGAUCUUCCUCAUCCCCUAUAUCCGAGCGCGGCAGGGGAAUUCUGGCGGCCCGUGUGACGAAGAGACGGAAGAGGCGGAUGACGAUCUGCUCGAAUUAGCCGAAGAAGCUCUCAAGGCGCUCGCCAAAGAAACCAACCAGUAUUCGCCGGCACGGCUCUGGGCCGUCAUCCUCGAGGACCUUCGCGCCGAGGUUGACCGACAGCUCACCAAGGACAGCUAUCAGGAAGCGGAACAAGACCCUGAGAGCCGUAGUGAUGACCUCAAGCCUACCGACGAGCAGCCGCUGGAAGACGCACUUCGCGCUCAUUGGGAGGCGGAGCUCGCCGAAGAAACCACGAUAUCUCCCAACGCCGACAGUAGCAGCAGCAAAGCGGCUUCGCAACCAGCCAUCCCAACCUUCUCACGACUCUGGGACAAGUGGAAGACGACCGAUUGGCUGGAUCUUGAUUCUGCUGUAAGC